AUGGCCCCUUCUUCUGCAAUACCUCCCCCUUAUGAGCUACCGCCGAGGCCCAGCGGGCUGAAGGUGGAAAAGCCCAACUUCAUCAUCUUCAUGCCGGACCAGCUGCGCUAUGAUUCCCUGGGAUGCAGCGGUAAUCAUACCGUCAAAACGCCCAACAUUGACAAGUUUGCGGCGGAAGGCACCCGGUUCACAAACUGCUUCGUCCAGGCCUCAGUCUGCACGCAGUCCCGCUGCAGCAUGUUCACGGGCAACUACCCACACGUGUCAGGCCACCGCUCGCUCGAGAACCUCAUUAAGCCGUGGGAGCCCAACCUGUUCCGCUCGCUGAAGGAGAAGGGCGGGUACCACGUGGCGUGCCUGGCGCCGCGCGGCGACACCUUCGCUCCGACGGUGACGGAGCUCUCGCUUGAUGAGUACGGCUUCUUGGAGACGCCCGAGUUUAUCCCGCGGUUUGGCGGCGGCGGAAGGACGGAGCCCGAGGACAAAGAAGACAUCUGGAAGCGACUAUUUUACAAGGGCCUAAGGAACCCCAACGAGGCCCUUGACUACGAUGACGCCGUCGUCAAGGGCGCGCUGAAGUGGUUGGAGCACCCGCCGACUGACAAGCCUUGGGUCCUGUUCAUGCCUCUCAUCUUCCCCCACUGCCCUUUCCAGGUCGAGGAGCCGUAUUUUUCCAUGUACAACCGCGGCGAGAUGGGACAGCCCACUAAACCGGCGGACAAGAAGACGGGUUACGAGCCGCGGUACAUGCAGCUCAACCGUGAACGCUACGGCACGCACCGCGCCACGCCGGAAAUCUGGGCCGAGGUGAUGGCGACGUACUACGGGAUGAUCUCCCGGUUGGACGACCAGUUCGGGCGGGUGGUGGAGCGCACAAAGGCGCUGGGCCACUGGGACUCUACGGUGACGCUGUUCUUCACGGACCACGGCGAGUACCUCGGGGACCACGGCAUGAUCGAGAAGUGGCCCUCAGGCCUGUCGGACUCGCUGACGCACGAGCCGCUCAUUGUCGGCGGCGCGGGGCUGCCGCGGGGCGUGGUUUACGACGAGAUGGCCGAGAUGGUCGACCUCGUCCCUACGCUGUUCCAGUUUGCGGGCAUCGGGGAGCAUUUCCCUCACUGCGGCAUCUCGCUGGCGGAGGUGCUCACUGGAGCGGGGAGGGACGCGGACGGGGAGCCGCUGAAGCACAAGGAGUUCGCGUUUACCGAGGGCGGGUUCCUGACAAGCGAGGAGCCGCUGCUGGAGCAGGCGCCGUAUCCGUACGAUAUCAAGGCGGCGCUGCAGCACGAGGACACCACGGUCGUGGGCAAGAGCGUUUCGUGCCGCGACAAGAGGUGGACUUUUAUAUACAGAUUGUACGAGCCGGCGGAGCUGUAUGACCGCGAGGGAGACCCCGGAGAGCUGCACAACCUGGCCGAGGUGGCGGAGUAUCAGGAUGUGAGGAGGCGGAUGGAGGGCGUGGUGCUGAGGUGGAUGGUCUCGAGCAGCGAUUUCUUGCCGUGGCAGAAGGACCCGCGGUUUCCGGCUGUGGAGAUGGAGAACGUUGCGGACCAGUUCCGGAAGAGGGGCGGUACGUUGAAGGAGAAGGAGAAAAUCUGA